AACUAUUUGCUGGAAUAAGUAUAAUUGCAGGAGGAGAUUUCUAUCAACUACCACCAAUAAGGAAAAAAMCAGUAYUUGAAAAUUAUAGCAUUGAUACAUAUAAUCUGUGUCACCCCUGGCAUCUUUUCAGAAUGACAGAGCUURUUGAUAAUAUGCGCUCAAAAGAUGASCAACCAUUUGUUGAAAUGCUUAACCGAUUCCGCACUGCAUCACAAACAGAUGAGGACAUUAAGCAUAUUCAGUCUCGAUUAAUACAUCCAGAAGAUGAAAAUUACCYGUCAGAUGCUAUACAUAUAUAUGCAGAAAAUAAACCUGUUGAUGAAUAUAACAAUACCAAACUAACUCAAUUACCAGGAACAAUGYUUAAUCUUAGAGCAGCAGACCAGUAUCCUCCAAAUGUAUCCCAAACAGAUAUUGACAGAGUAUUAUCAAAGGCUCGUUCUGAUACAGGUGGAUUAGAUUACAAUAUACAUGUCAAAGAACAGGCAAGAGUAAUGUUAACAAGCAAUAUUGACAUUGCAGACAGACUCAUUAAUGGCCAAAUAGGUACCAUCAUUAAAAUACAUGUUAACCAAAAUACACACAAACCAAGUGUUAUUUAUAUCAAAUUUGAUGAUGAACAAGCUGGAAAAAAUAAGAUCAGUAAAUYUACAAAUCAAUUUGUUAAAGAUAACAAUGUUGUACCAAUUGAACCAAUUUCAGCUAAAAUCAAAUUAAGACCUGGCAAACCAUCUUCUCCUGAAAUUGAGAGAGUCCAAUUUCCUAUUACAUUAGCCUAUGCAGUUACUAUACAUAAAAUCCAGGGACUCAGUUUAGAUAAGAAACACAAUUAUUGCCUAGCACCAAUGAUAAUGAUAUAA